UCCACGAUCCUGAUCCACGCCAAAGACAUCCACGCAAACCGGGGGAAACCUAGUAUGUCUUAUACCUUCAUAAAUACAUAUUUUUCUUUAUUUAUUGACGCGUUUUGUAGUGGUUACUGUAACUUUAAUACGUCCGUACCAUGAAGUCAGUCAUAAACUCCUAACAGUUGAAAACAUUCAGUACCUUUGAGAAUGACAUUAGCCCACUGAGUAUGAGUUCUGAAAUAAAGUAUGACUUAUAGUUAGACCAUGGAUGUCGUAACUAUUCUCAUCGCCACAUUACUGUUGUCUGAUUCUACAAUUAGGACGUCCUGUCUCGAGGAUAAGUGUGUUUCAUAUCACGAAGAGUCACCUACCAAUUCUAAGAGAACAAAUUCCAUUGCAUCCUCUGUUCCGAGGUACAUUCUUUACGAUGUUAAUGCUCCAGAAGGGUUCAAUUUAAGAAGAGAUGUAUUCAUGAGGAUGGCUAUAUUUGUUAGGAGUCUAGCAGAUAGUGGAGAUUGGCACCUGGUCCUCCCAUCUUGGACGCAUCUGUACCAUUGGAAAUCACCGUUUACUCAAAAUCACAUACCCUGGUCCCAGUACUUUGAUCUCCCUAGUUUACAAAAGUUUGCACCAGUCAUUGAAACCUCUCAAUUUUUUCAAGAGUAUGGCAGUAAACCCCUUGAUGCUGUGUACAUUUUGCAAAAUUUCAAAAAUGCAUGGAAAGGUGACUUCAAAUGGGAAGAAAAAUGGAUUUUUGAAAAUUGUUCUUCCAGAAAUAGUUUUUCAAGGGAUGGAGAUGGAUUAUACCAUGGCGAUGUCUGGGGCUAUGACAAUAUAACAGCCUUUGAAGUGAAGUGUGUUUCCUUCCAAGGUCAAGUUAAACAAUUGAAAGAAUUGUUGGAACUAAAUAGAGAUAGAGCUGUUUUGAUUGACCAUGCUGAAAUUGCCCUCCACAAUCAUUUUGGUAACAGAGAAUACUGGAGAUGCCGUCGAAGUAUGCGUUUUGCGAAACAUCUGGAGGAAGUUGCUAAAUAUUUCAGAGCAACUUUCUUGAACUCAACUGAUGAAAGUGAUGGCAUAAAUCGUCCUGAUGAUUGGACUCAAGAAAAGCCCCUGCGAAACGCAAAGGGCGGCCCUUACUUUUGCGCUCAUCUGAGAAGAAGAGAUUUUUUAAUGGGUCGACCCAAUCUUGUCCCUAACUUCGAAAAUGCUGCCAGCCAGAUUAGAAAGUAUCAGAAAUCAUAUACAGACGUAGAAACAAUUUUUAUUUCCACGGAUGCAUCCCAAGAAGAACUUACAGAGCUGAAAAGUUCUUUUCAAGAUUUCAACAUCGUCAAAUAUGAACCGUCACCUAAUGAAAUUAAGAAGUUCAAAGAUGGUGGCAUUGCUAUCAUUGAUCAAAUAAUAUGCUCUCAUGCAAGGCUUUUCGUGGGAACUUGUGAAUCUACUUUUUCAUUUCGAAUCCAAGAAGAAAGAGAAAUAAUGGGCUUUAAUCCUGAAACCACCUUUAAUUGUUUCUGCGGAAACAACGUAACAGACUGCACUCAGCCCUCUAAAUGGUUAAUCGUACAUUAGCCAUUUUUUGUAGCAAGAACCAUAAAAGGGUUGGCUUCAAAAAUCAAAUAGUCUGUUCUGUGAAAAACCCCUGCAAUUGCCGUAAUGACCAUGAUGUGGAUGAGAAUUACUACCAUGCCAAGGAAAAACGCUGUAUGAUCAAUCGAAUGUUGCCACAUUUCUGGUGAUACAAGAUUUAUUUUGGAGGAA